UCAGCGUCGAGCUUCGCGUGUCAACAUGCGGCUCGCGGACUCUUCUUGAAUUCCGUGCCGCUGUUUGUUCAUCAGCUCUGCGGAUUCGUUCCUGGAGGACGUGACCGGCUCAGGAAUACAAUGGAGAACGAAAUUGGCCCCAAAAAGAGGUCCCAUGAGGAAGAGGAGGAGCGGUCCGGCUCAGAAGGAUCGGAGGACAACGAUUAUGUUCCGUAUGUUCCCGUCAAGAUAAGGAAACACCAAUUGCUCCAGAAGAUGUUGCGCAUGAGGGGGAAGGCGGUGGACGACGAGCAGAAGGACAGUGGGGAGGAGCAGAGGGAUGAAGACGAGGGUCUGGGCCCUCGCUCCAACGUCAGCCUCCUGGACCAGCACCAGCACCUCAAGGAGAAGGCCGAAGCCCGUAAGGAGUCGGCCAAGGAGAAGCAGCUGAAGGAGGAGGAGAAGAUCCUGGAGAGCGUGGCCGAGGGCCGAGCUCUGAUGUCGGUGAAGGAGAUGGCUAAAGGCAUCAUCUACGACGACCCCAUCAAGACCAGCUGGAAGGCGCCGCGCUACAUCCUGAACAUGCCGAGCACCCGACACGAGCGCGUCAGGAAGAAGUUCCACAUCCUGGUGGACGGAGACGGCAUCCCCGCUCCCAUCAAGAGCUUCAGGGAGAUGAAGCUUCCUCCAGCUUUUCUAAAGGGCCUAAAAAAGAAGGGCAUCGUGCAUCCCACGCCGAUCCAGAUCCAAGGGAUCCCCACCGUCCUGUCGGGUCGAGACAUGAUCGGCAUCGCCUUCACGGGCUCCGGGAAGACGCUGGUGUUCACGCUGCCCAUCAUCAUGUUCGCCCUGGAGCAGGAGAAGAGGCUCCCCUUCCUCAAGAGGGAGGGGCCCUACGGACUCAUCAUCUGCCCCUCGCGAGAGUUGGCGCGGCAGACGCACGGCAUCAUCGAGUACUACUGCAAGCUGCUGGAGGAGGAGGGCACGCCGCAGCUCCGCACGGCGCUCUGCAUCGGGGGCAUGUCGGUGAAGGACCAGAUGGACGUCGUGAACCACGGCGUCCACAUGAUGGUGGCGACGCCCGGCCGGCUGAUGGACCUGCUGCAGAAGAAGAUGGUGAGUCUGGACAUCUGCCGCUUCCUGUCGCUGGACGAGGCCGACAGGAUGAUCGACAUGGGCUUCGAGGAGGACAUCAGGACCAUCUUCUCCUACUUCAAGGGACAACGGCAAACUCUCCUGUUCAGCGCCACGAUGCCGAAGAAGAUCCAGAACUUUGCCAAGAGUGCGCUGGUCAAGCCCAUCACCAUCAACGUGGGCCGGGCCGGCGCCGCCAGCCUGGACGUCAUCCAGGAAGUGGAAUACGUCAAAGAGGAGGCCAAGAUGGUGUACCUGCUGGAGUGCCUCCAGAAGACGCCUCCACCCGUGCUGCUCUUCGCUGAGAAGAAGGCCGACGUCGACGCCAUCCACGAGUACCUGCUGCUGAAGGGCGUGGAGGCGGUGGCCAUCCACGGGGGGAAAGACCAGGAGGAGCGAACCAAAGCCAUCGAGGCGUUCAAAGAGGGCAAGAAGGACGUGUUGGUGGCCACAGACGUCGCCUCCAAGGGCCUCGACUUCCCCGCCAUACAGCACGUCGUGAACUACGACAUGCCGGAGGAGAUCGAGAACUAUGUGUCGGUCACUCUUCUCGGCUCUCCGUCUCGCCCAGAGCUCCAUGCCGGCGUGUCUGCGCGCGCAUCGGGGCGGAGCAACAACAAAGUCCCUUUACCUUCCGCCCCGCGUCACUGACACGUCGCCCUCUGCUCCUCUGUGAAUAUGGAGGAGCAGAGGGGAGGAAGGAGGCGGACUGCCGCGGCUCGACACUCAGAGGAGUGAAACAACGUCAACGACACCGGAAGUAAACAAAGUUGCGUUCAUUGCGUUAAAAUAUUUUAGUGCGUUAAUCGCGGCCAAAUUAAUCUCAUAGAUUAACGCUGACAGCCCUAGUAUAUAUAUGUGUGUAUAUAUGUAUAUAUAUUUGUGUGUAUAUUUUUAUAUAUAUAUAUGUGUAUAUGUAUAUAUAUUUGUGUAUAUAUGUGUAUAUGUAUAU